GAGAGAUCAGAGAGGGAAAAACAGGGAGGAGAGAGAUCAGAGAGAGAGUUGCUGGGCUUUUGCUUUGCUUGCGUGAUCUCCCUCAUCAGCUUCUGAUCAUCUCAUCAUCAUUGGAUUUUGAUUUUGAUUUUGAUUUUUUGAUGCUUACUCUCUUUUGGUUUCAGAGGACGAAGCAGUUUCCGUUUAUGGCAGCAUUUUCAGAUUCUCCGGAUCUGUGAUUCUCGAUCAUAUUCAACGUUCUUCUCUCUGAUCAUCACGAUUUCUAUUUUGAUCUUGAAUACGAUCGUCUCUUCGAGCAUCUUCGCUGUUUUUUUUGUUCAGAAUCCAUCAUCAUUUUUUUGUCGGAGUGAUUCGAGUUCUUCGAUCCAUUCUGUAGAUCUAACUUUGGCAGUUUAGUUUGUAGUUUUCCCGGUAGAUCUAAGUCUCACCCUCCAUGUUCAGUUUCUAGAGCUCAGAAUCUGUUGGAAUCUCGAAUCUCUCUGUUUUUCCAGUUCGCUAUCUAAAAAUUUUCCGACACUAUUGGAUCUCUAGCUCUGUCUACUUAGGUCCACCGAGCUGAGCGGAAGUAAAACCCACGAGUCUCCUCUUAGUUUCCGGUGAAUUUCCUUGAGCUGAGGAUCUGGUGGAAUCUGGUAUCUCUGUUUUUCUAUUUCAAUAGUGUUGGAUCUCGCUCUCCUAAGUAGCUCCACUGGUCUGAAGUUCAAAUUCACGAGUUCCCUUCAAGUUUCCGGCUUAAUUUUCUGGGGAUUCGGAUGAGGGUUAUGUGCCUGAGAGAGGGAAAGAUGAACUAUUUCCCUGACGAGGUCAUAGAGCACGUGUUCGACUUCAUAACGUCGCACAGAGACAGGAACGCGAUAUCUACGGUGUGCAAAUCGUGGCACAAGAUCGAGAGGUACAGCAGGCGGAAGGUGUUCAUCGGCAACUGCUACGCCAUUAACCCGGAGAGGGUGAUACGGAGGUUUCCGUGCCUCAAGUCGUUAGUUCUGAAAGGGAAGCCUCAUUUCGCUGACUUCAACUUGGUUCCUCACGACUGGGGAGGUUUUGUCCACCCGUGGAUCGAGGCCUUGGCGAGAAGCCGCGUGGGGCUUGAGGAGCUGAGGUUGAAGCGGAUGGUGGUGUCCGACGAGAGCCUGGAGCUGCUUUCGCGUUCCUUCGUGAAUUUCAAGUCGUUGGUUCUUGUCAGCUGUGAAGGGUUUACCACUGAUGGCUUAGCCGCCAUUGCUGCCAAUUGCAGGCAUCUUCGGGAGCUGGACUUGCACGAGAAUGAGGUUGAUGAUAACAGAGGUCAAUGGCUGAGCUGUUUUCCCGACAGCUCCACAUCCCUUACCUCGUUGAACUUUGCAUGCCUCAAAGGAGAUAUCAAUUUGUCGGCUCUAGAGAGGCUCGUUGCAAGAUCUCCCAACCUAAAGAGCCUGAAGCUCAACCGUGCAGUGCCGCUCGAUGCGCUCGCGAGGAUAAUGACGAGCGCUCCUCAGCUCAUGGACUUAGGAGUAGGGUCGUAUGUGAACGACCCGACUUCCGAUUCCUAUGCCAAACUCAAGACUGCCAUUCGGAAAUUCACUUCGUUACGGAGCUUGUCGGGCUUUCUUGAGGCUUCUCCCCGCUGCCUCUCGGGAUUCCACCCGAUAUGCCAUAACCUUGUCUCCUUGAAUCUAAGUUAUACAGCCGAGAUCCAUGGCAGCUACCUCGUAAAGCUUAUUCAGCAUUGCAAGAAACUUCAACGGUUAUGGAUACUGGAUAGUAUAGGCGAUAUAGGGCUAGCCGUCUUAGCUUCGACAUGCAAAGAGUUACAGGAACUUAGGGUUUUCCCGUCGGAUUUCCUUGGCGGUUUCAAUGAGGCUGUGACCGAAGAAGGUUUAGUCGCGAUCUCCGCCGGUUGCCCUAAGCUUCAUUCGAUUCUGUACUUCUGCAAGCAAAUGACAAAUGCGGCGCUCAAAACCGUGGCCAAGAACUGUCCGAACUUCAUCAGAUUCAGGCUAUGCAUACUCGAGCCAAACAAACCCGACCCCGUGACAUCUCAGCCAUUGGAUGAGGGUUUCGGAGCGAUUGUGAAGGCCUGCAAGGGUCUUACCCGGCUAUCCCUCUCGGGUCUACUUACUGACCAGGUCUUCCACUACAUCGGGAUGUACGCCGAACAGCUUGAGAUGCUCUCGGUGGCUUUUGCGGGGGACACCGACAAGGGGAUGGUAUCCGUGUUGAACGGAUGCAAGAAGCUGAGGAAACUCGAGAUUCGGGAUAGCCCGUUCGGGAACGAGGCGUUACUGGCCGACGUUGGGAAGUACGAAACAAUGCGAUCCCUUUGGAUGUCGUCCUGCCAAGUGACGCUAGGCGGCUGCAAGAGGCUCGCGAACAAGGCGCCGAGGCUCAACGUAGAGAUAAUAAACGAGAACGAGAACCGAGUGGAUCCGAACGGACACGAGGGUGACGAGGGAAAGCAGGUGGUGGAGAAGAUGUACCUUUACCGGACGGUGGUCGGGCCGAGGAAAGACGCUCCACCGUACGUGUGGAUUCUCUAGUUCCGUUACUCAAUGAAAUCUUAUUUUUCUUUUUCAGGUUGUGCUUUGCUUUGUUAGAACACAACUCUUCCAGUGAUGUUAUUGGCAUUUUUUUUAGUUCAAUGACUACGCCUUACUUUCGAGAGGA